AACGAAGAGUGCAUAUAAACCAAACCAAAUGAGAGUAGUAGCACAAAACCUUUCACUCGGAUCAGUUGGAUGUUAGCAAUAAAUUACUCUCACCUUCUAUUUCCGGGCACCUCUGUCAUUUUCUCAAACUCUUCUGUUCAACAGGUUUUUGCCAAUGGAUGCUAAGGCAGCUGUAGAUUUAAUGGAGUCUUCCUCUGAGGUUCAUUUUUCUGGAUUUCACAUGGAUGGUUUUGAGCAAAGAAAGGCUAUCAUAGAACAACCAACAACCUCUGAAACUGACAUGUAUAAACAACCAUUUGUCAUAGGUGUUGCUGGGGGUGCAGCAUCUGGCAAGACACAAGUUUGUGACAUGAUUAUUCAGCAGCUUCAUGACCAACGAGUUGUACUUGUUAAUCAGGAUUCUUUUUACAAUAACUUGACGGAGGAGGAACGUACAAGGGUACAAGAUUACAACUUUGAUCAUCCUGAUGCUUUUGAUAUUGGGGAAUUGCUACGUGUUAUGGACAAGUUGAAGCAUGGUGAAGCAGUAGAUAUUCCAAAGUAUGAUUUUAAGAGUUACAAGAGUGAUGUGUUACGAAGGGUGAACCCUUCAGAUGUUAUUAUUUUGGAAGGCAUCCUUGUUUUCCAUGAUCCACGUGUUCGGGAGUUGAUGAAUAUGAAGAUAUUUGUCGAUACAGAUGCUGAUGUUCGUUUGGCAAGAAGGAUUAGGCGUGAUACUACUGAGAAGGGCCGGGAUAUUGGAGCAGUUCUUGAUCAGUAUUCAAAAUUUGUGAAGCCAGCUUUUGAUGACUUUAUUCUUCCAACAAAGAAGUAUGCUGAUAUAAUUAUACCACGUGGAGGGGACAAUCAUGUGGCAAUUGAUUUGAUUGUACAGCAUAUCCGUACAAAGCUUGGUCAGCAUGACCUGUGUAAAAUAUAUCCGAAUUUAUACGUCAUUCACUCAACUUUUCAGAUACGGGGAAUGCAUACCCUAAUUCGUGACGCCCAGACCACAAAACAUGAUUUUGUAUUUUACUCUGAUCGUUUGAUUCGAUUGGUAGUAGAACAUGGUUUGGGUCAUCUGCCAUUUACAGAAAAGCAAGUAAUCACUCCUACUGGUUCUGUAUACACUGGUGUGGAUUUUUGCAAAAGGUUGUGUGGUGUCUCUGUUAUCAGAAGUGGGGAGAGCAUGGAGAAUGCUUUAAGAGCAUGCUGUAAAGGUAUCAAGAUUGGGAAAAUUUUAAUUCACAGAGAAGGUGACAAUGGUCAGCAGGUUUGUCCAUCUGCAAUUAUGAUUUGGUUCAUAUUUCUGUUUCAUUCCUUGGUACUGAUAUCUUAUCCUUUGGCCAAUGAACAGCUAAUAUAUGAAAAGUUGCCAAAUGAUAUCUCCGAUAGGCAUGUGUUGCUGUUGGACCCUAUACUUGGCACAGGUAAUUCGGCUGUGCAAGCGAUUUCUUUACUCAUAAGAAAGGGUGUACCAGAGUCCAACAUUAUAUUUCUUAAUCUCAUAUCUGCACCUAAAGGGGUUCAUGUGGUAUGCAAAAGUUUCCCAAGAAUAAAGAUAGUGACAUCUGAGAUUGAGAUGGGUUUGAAUGAAGAUUUCCGUGUCAUACCUGGCAUGGGCGAGUUUGGAGAUAGGUACUUUGGAACAGAUGAUGAUGUUGAGCAAGUGGUUUCUUCUCCGUAGUUAUAUUUAUAGUUAUAGUUGAGCAGAACAGAAUCCAUAAUCUACUCAACAAAAAAGGUUGAAAUUUGCUCUAUUACAUCACUAUUUUACUGGUGUCUGAAUCUUAGUUCUACAUCAAUUUUGACUUCAUUGGACCUUGGAUCAGCAUUAUAUUAUCCUUGUCUUUAUUUGGGACUUAGAAAUUUUCAUGCUUCCUUUACUACAUAAUUUUUCUUUAAACUUGUGUUGAUUUGUUAUUUUGGAUACUUGCUAAUGGAGAUACAUAUUCACAAACCUACCAUGUACAUAUAAAAUUUAAUGAUAGAUUGCAUCUUU